GUUGUCUCGCCAUGGCCGCCGCCACCACGGGCUGCCGCCGCGCCGCGCUUCGGGGUUGGGCCGUUGGCGGCGGGGCCGCGGUGCGAUGGCGGCGACCGCUGCGGGCGGAGGGCUCGGUGCUGCGGGCGGCGGCCGGGGCCUGCCGCGCCGUCACGGUGGAGGUGGGCGGCAGAAAGAUGGAAUUGUCUUCAGGAAAACUGGCGAGGUUUGCUGAUGGAUCUGCUGUUGUUCAGCUAGGUGACACAGCAGUAAUGGUCACAGCAGUCAGUAAAACUAAGCCUUCUGCAUCUCAGUUUAUGCCAUUAGUGGUUGACUACCGCCAGAAAGCUGCUGCAGCAGGGAGAAUUCCUACAAACUAUCUAAGGAGAGAGCUUGGUUCCACUGAUAAAGAAAUUCUUACAAGCAGAGUAAUAGAUCGGUCAAUCAGACCACUCUUUCCAGCAGGCUACUUUUAUGACACACAGAUCCUUUGUAAUCUUUUAGCAGUAGAUGGUGUCAAUGACCCUGAUGUUCUGGCAAUUAAUGGAGCUUCUGCGGCACUUGCGUUAUCUGAUAUCCCAUGGAAUGGUCCUAUUGGUGCAGUAAGGGUAGGACUGGUUGAUGGAGAAACUAUUAUCAAUCCAACUCGAAAACAGUUGUCUUCUAGUACUUUAAAUUUAGUUGUUGCUGGAGCUCCACAAAAUCAAGUUGUUAUGUUGGAAGCAACUGCUGAGAAUAUAUUGCAACAAGACUUCUGUCAUGCCAUCAAAGUAGGGGUGAAGCAUACCCAGCAUAUAAUCCAGGGAAUUCAGCAACUAGUGAAAGAACAGGGUGUUGUCAAGAGAACUGUUCAGAAGUUUUAUGUUGCUCCUGAAGAGAUUGUGGAAUGUACAAACAGACUUGCUUCCAACAAGAUCUACGCGGUGUUCACAGAUUCAGGCCAUGAUAAAAUUUCUAGAGAUGAAGCAAUUAACAAAAUAAGGCUUGAAACGGAAGAACAGCUAAAAGAAAAAUUUCCAGAGGCUGAGCCUUAUGAAAUCAUAGAGUCUUUCAACGUGGUUUCAAAGGAUAUUUUCCGAAACCUUGUUCUGAACGAAUACAGAAGGUGUGAUGGGAGGGAUUUGACUUCUCUCAGGGAUAUUAAAUGUGAAGUGGACAUGUUUAAAAUGCUUCAUGGAUCAGCCUUAUUUCAGAGAGGCCAAACGCAGGUUCUCUGUACAGUUACAUUUGACUCUAUAGAGUCAAGUGUAAAGUCAGAUGUUAUCUCAACAGCAGUGAGUGGGAUAAAAGAUAAAAACUUCAUGCUGCAUUAUGAGUUUCCACCUUAUGCAACUAAUGAGAUUGGCAAAGUGAGUGGUAUGAACAGAAGAGAACUUGGACAUGGCGCACUGGCAGAAAGAGCUUUGAAACCAGUUAUCCCCCAGGAUUUCCCAUUCACAAUACGAGUUACUUCGGAAGUCUUGGAGUCAAAUGGGUCCUCUUCAAUGGCUUCUGCUUGUGGUGGAAGUUUGGCAUUAAUGGAUGCAGGAGUUCCAGUAUCAAGUGCAGUUGCAGGUGUAGCCAUAGGUCUCAUUACCAAAUGCAGUAAGGAAAAUGGAAAUAUUGAGGACUAUCGUUUGCUGACGGACAUCCUGGGAAUUGAAGAUUACUAUGGUGAUAUGGAUUUCAAGAUGGCAGGCACUAAUAAAGGGAUAACUGCCUUGCAGGCUGAUCUAAAACUGCCAGGAAUACCAAUAAAAAUUGUAAUGGAAGCUAUUCAGCAAGCUACAGCUGCAAAGAGGGAGAUCUUACAAAUUAUGAACCAAACACUGGCAAAACCCAGACCUAACAGGAAAGAAAGUGGACCCGUUGUAGAAACUAUCCAUGUUCCACUGUCAAAAAGAUUAAGAUUCGUUGGUCCUGGGGCCUAUAAUCUGAAAAAGCUUCAAGCACAGACUGGUGUAACUGUAAGUCAGUUGGAUGAAGAGACAUAUUCUGUGUUUGCUCCCACCCCUAUUGCCAUGCACGAAGCAAGAGAAUUUAUCCGUGACAUCUGCAAAGAUGAUCAGGAAGUGAAUUUGGAAUUUGGUGCAGUUUAUACAGCCACGAUAACUGAAAUAAGAGACUCUGGAGUGAUGGUAAAACUGUAUCCAAACAUGACACCAGUGUUACUUCAUAACUCACAACUUGAUCAAAGAAAGAUUAAACAUCCUAGUGCCCUGGGAUUAGAAGUUGGACAAGAAAUUCAGGUAAAAUACUUUGGACGUGACCCAACUGAUGGCAGAAUGAGGCUUUCACGUAAAAUUCUGCAGUCACCAGCCACAACUGUGCUUAAAACCCUGACUGACAAAAACUGCAUUGUCCUGGGAGGUACCGUUCCACAGUCAUCUACUUCAUCCCAGUGAUGGGAAGCAAGCUGUGAUACUUCAUGGAAACCCAGGCGACCUUUGCUAGCAUCUGUAGAUGUCUGCACAAGAACCUGCAGGUGGAUGGUAGUGAAUCGUAUUUUAAAAUAGACACUAUUUAUGCUUAAAGGUGAUGUAGAACUUCAAAGUCAUCAAAUUGAUUAAAAACUCUUUUAAAAUAAAACCAGAAACAACCAA